AUGUGGAAGCUGAAGAUAUCAGAAGGAAAUGAUCUAUGGCUACUGAGCUUAAACGACCUUGUUGGUCGACAACAUUGGGUAUUCGAUCCCAAGGCCGGAACAGCGGAGGAAGGAGCUGAAGUCGAGAAGGUUAGAGAGGAAUUUAAGAGGAAUCGCUUCACGAAUAGGCAAAGUGCUGAUCUCUUGAUGAGAAUGCAGGCCGUUGGUAGUCAAACCUGGGAUGCAGCAUUUGCAUUUCAAGCAAUAUAUGCCAGUGGUCUUACUGAUGAAUAUGCAACACCACUUAAAAAGCACACGGUUUUCUCAAAGCCUCACAGGCAUGUUGAGUGCACUUCCGCAGUAAUCCAAGCUUUAACACUCUUCAAGGAGCAAUACCCAGGUCACAGGUCUGAAGAAAUAAAGGACUCCAUCUCUAGAGGAUUACAAUACAUUGAAAGUACUCAAAACCCUGAUGGUUCUUGGCAUGGAUUUUGGGGGAUUUGUUUUACAUAUGCAACAUGGUUUGCAGUGGAGGCACUAUUAACGAGUAAUAAAAAUUACCAUAAUAGUCAGGCUGUGCAAAGGGGAUGUGAGUUUCUACUCUCAAAGCAAUUGCCUGACGGCGGGUGGGGCGAAAGUUACCUCUCAAGCUCAAACGAGGUUUAUACAAACCUGAAAGGGAACAAGUCAAAUGUGGUGCAAACUUCAUGGGCAUUAUUAACUCUCAUUAGAGCAGGGCAGUGGGAUGUGGAUCCAGACCCUGUGAAUCGAGGGAUGAGGUUGGUAAUCAACUCGCAAUUGGAAAAUGGAGACUUCCCGCCACAGCUGAUUAAUGUUUCUACUUUCUACUCUUAUCUUCGUUUCACAGUUAGCUCAUAA